UCGUAACUGUGCCCAACAAAGUCUCUAACCGCGCAGCGCAGAGCUUCACGUCUCCUGCCUGUACUGGAACGAGCUGCUCCGUGAGGUAUAACACGAUCCCAAAUACCACGGUAUCUCGCACGGCAUGACAGCGAUUGUACCUGGUUUGGGGCAUUCCCUGAUGGACUAUUCAAUGCCUGGAGAUGCGAGUGAGCAUAUGUGGGGCCAUCAUCAGUCAACCUACAUGCUGCUGCCCACCUUGACGAACGGUUGGUCCCAUUCGCAGGGAUCAGAAAUGGGUGGCAUGCAGGACGGCGAUCAUCCAGCAUUUCAUUCGCUUCAGCGCCUCGAUGAAAUCUACGGCUCGCCUGUUUAUGGCAACCUGCAAUCGGAUGUCGACAUGGCGACUCCCUCGAGUGCUGGCUUCCCUGCAAUUAUGCCCAAUAGCCAUCCGGUUGUGACUCCAAACUCGGGCAACAAGUAUCUCAACGCUCCUACAGAUCAAGGUAACGGCUCGGUCUCAUCGCAGAGUCCUCGUAGCACACACGGCCAGGUUGGCACGCGGCGCCAUCGGAAUAGCGCCGGAGCGCAAAGCAGCCUUAAGCCGCCGCGACCGCCGUUCGGCAGGUCAAGCACAGCUCCUCAAGCUGGCGAGUCCGCGGCGUUCAUCAAGCGCUCCCCUGCCAGCGACGGCGACGAUGAGGACUACAUACCGCACGAAGGCGGGAAGGGCCGCGGCAGAAAGCGACAGCGCAUCCCUCAUACCGCUGUUGAACGUCGAUAUCGUGAGAAUCUCAAUGCUCACCUUGAUCGGCUUCGUGAGGCGGUGCCGGCGCUCGUAGCGCGCUCCAAGGGUGGCGAUCCAUGCCACGAGGGCGUCAAGCCGAGUAAGUGCGAGAUAUUGAAUGGUGCCAUCGAACACAUAGGUGCGCUCAGCAAGGAAAAUCAGGCGUUGCGGAGCGAGAUCAUGCUUCUCAAGGCGCGUUAUAAUGAUAUCGCAGGAUUCUACCAAGACGAUUCUUGAAAUGAGAUGUCUAAUGCUCGGGAGGGAUAUUGGCGUUGGCGCUUACUUUUAUGCCACUCAGGUGUUACAUUGGCUCUUCCAAGCUAUGCGGGAUAAUGAAGGUUCACCCGGGUGGAGGCAGUGUUUGAGCGAAGAGCGGGCGAUUUUCCUCA